AUGCUUCGAGUUGUGCUUUGUGUGCUAUGGGUCUUGCCCGCACCGGGCAGUCCUGAUGUUUCAGCAGUCACGUUGCAGCUCGAUGGCGAGCAGAGGCAACUGACCUGGGACGCGGAGCGCGAGGAUGUUGCGGUGAAGAUCGGUGAGUUUCUGGAGGCACAUCGUUCUGGCGAGCCUGUGAGAAACGACGUGGAGCUCCUUUUGCGACAGCUGCGAGCUCAAACGGCACGCAGAAAAGCAGACGUUAGCACACUGCCUUCCAAGAAUGGCGGGUCAAUCAAAAAGGUUCUCCCCCCAAGGAAAGGAAGCCAGAUUGCACUUUACAAUAGCCAUGAGGCGAACAUUGCUAUCAGCAUUGAUGGCCGAGUGCAGUGUGUACUCGAGCUUGAGCGCUUGUUCGGAGUGCGGUACUACACCCCGUCUCUUUCAAACGCGACGGAGCGGCGGCAUGCGUGGCUCGAGGCGGCCAAGACCAUCAGAGACCGAUGCGAGUGCGAGGGAGGCCCCGGGAGCUGUCCUCGGCGCUUCGACUCGGGCAUCUUGGUCCGUCCGAGCUCGGAAGCUGAAGCGAACAUCAUCGAAGAGGUCUUCUCCGUAGAUGAGUGGCGAUACAUAGAUCAUCAAGAAGCGCAUGCCGUAAUGGCUUAUUAUGCAUCUUCCAUGCGGACAGCCCUUGUUGUGGUGAGCGAUGCAGCCUUUCAUGUCUUUCAUGUCUCUUUGGGAAGUGUAAAACGCAUCGCAAGCCUGGAUUACGGCUUGGGCACCAUGUACAUGCUCUUGGCUGGACUGCUGCCGGAGGUAACUGGUCAGCCUUUGGAUGCGAGAUGUCAAUACACCGGGAAGCCGGAGAGCGGCCCUCUCUUUCCAGAGUUUCUGUCUGGAGACUUGCAUCUGCAGUGCCUCAGCUGGGCGGGAAAGCUCAUGGGCUAUGCCGCUGCUGGCACUGCUUCGGAAGAUUUGCAAGAGGUCGCCCGGGAGGCCUUCGAAGUUUCAGGUGCCAUGCCGAAAUAUUCCAUGGAGCACAUCAUGAGCGUUACCUUCCCCACGACGGAGUUGCCAGCACGAUUCCAGGAUGCCCUUCAGCAGGUCUGCGCUUCAGACGAGGGCCAGCGGAACUUUGCCGCGUCUGUGCAGGUUGAGUUUGAGAGGAUAACCAACUUGACAGUGACCGAGCUGGUCCGUCGUGUGGGGCCCCAGAGCCUGGAUGGUGUGGUGAUGACAGGCGGCUGCGCGCUCAACGUCCUGGCGAACCAGCGCGUCUAUGAUUUUCUGGAGAGGGGAGAGGGAGAGACAGCGGGCUCAGUGGAGGUCUGGGUGCCGCCGUCGCCCAACGACGGGGGCUUGUCCAUCGGAGGGCUCUGGUCCGUGGCCCCGCCCUUGGCUCGGCAGCCGCUCCAGUACUUGGGCUUUUCGCUUUGGGAUUCGGAGGUUCUGUUGGAGGAAGCGCAUCAGCGAGGAGCGCGGCGGCUCCCGGAGUUGGGUGGCGUUGACUUCUUGGCGGAGCUCCUGGUCGGGGAAGGCGCUCUCUGGGCGGAGCGGAUGGAGCGUUUUGGCCGGCCGGCUCGGCCCAUCGUCGCUGUGGUCAGAGGCCGCCAGGAAUUUGGGCCAAGGGCGCUGGGGCAUCGAUCCCUCCUGGCCGUGCCGGAUGCCACGAUGAAAGACCGCAUGAACCGUUUGAAAGCGCGGCAGUGGUACCGCCCCGUGGCACCGAUGAUCGCAGAAGAGGACCUGGUCGAAGUCUUCGGCCGGCGCAUUCUUUCGCCCUACAUGAGCAUGGCCCCGGAGGUCCUCGAAGAGACGCGGAAGAAGUUCCCUGCUUUAGCGCACUUCGACGGCACUGCACGGCAUCAGUCAGUCAGCCGAGCAGACGAACCCUGGGUCCACGCUCUGUUGCUGGCUGUGGGAAAACGCACGGGGCUGGCGGCUCUGAUCAACACCAGCUUCAACACAAAAGGCAAGCCCAUCGUCAACACUGUGCGUGAGUGCCUUCGCAUGCUAGACGAGCUCCCGGAUCUUGACUACGUGCUGAUCGAGGAUUGGCUUUUCGAGAAAGCUCGGUCCUGA